GUGGUUUUGCUCUUCUGGGUCAAAGUAUACCUCCACCCACAUAAGGUCGACCCAAGAAAUGACGAGUUCAGUAAGUUACAGGAGAAGAAGGAGAAAAUUGACUCACUGGCGCACAAACAGGUCCGACGCAUAUUGUUAGCCGGAUUCAGACUGGUCGUGGUGCAGGUCAGGCUCUUCUUUCGUCUCAAAUUCUGGGAGUUCUUGUGGGACGUAAUGGAACCCAUUUGCAUUUUCACUACCACGGCCAGUAUAGUCGUAGAAGAACUUCAGGUCGCCAGAGACGCUAGAAUAGAACGAGAGGCUCAGGAGGGAGAAUUCGCAGACGAGCGAGGAAUUGAAUGGGCUGAGGGGCCUUUUGCGGCAAUUUAUGCAGUC